UUGUUAGCCCUUUAGCCCCUACCUUCUUGGUUCUUUGUUAAGUUGAAUCAUGGGUUCUGAGAGAAAGGGUCGCCAUUUUCAUUUGUUUGGGGUUUUGAUGUUGAUUGCUACUUGUUAGGCAUUUUUUAGAAUUUGUGAUGGGUUUUAGUUGGUUUGGUUUGGCGGUUCGUGAGCUUGCUAUUAUUACGAAUUUUGAUGCUGAAAGACUUGGAAACCACGCUGUCCACCACGUCGAGAAGCUGAGUAACGUUCCGCGUGUACAAUGGCGCCUCUUAAUAAAAGGAACUGAAGCCAUCCAAUCUAGUGCUUCCAUCCAAUCGUGCAGGCUGCAUGAAAGUCACAUUUACCUUUGCUGUGAACAUCACACAUACACAGAUAGGCCUACACUAUUUGAAGGUUCAUGUUUACAUAGCAGUGGUGUUGCUGUCCAAUGUGGCGUGUUGUUGCAGCCUAUGGUAGUGAAAGCUAUCUGCAUCAAGUUGCUGUUCCUUGUGCAUCCAAGGUGCUGGUUUUGUGCUACAGAAGUGACAUCCAAUAUUGUGUUUAAUUGCUAUUCGUGUCUUUGCAGUUUACCUUUAUAUAUUGAGAAGGAACAAAAAAAAUAGUAUUACGGGGAGGUUUAUGUCAAACAAAUAAUAAACAUGUCCAGGAUGGGGGAAUGAGGAGGAAUUUGGGGUUGGAUAUUUGGUUAUGAUUUACUAAAAGAAGUGAGGUAUAUUUUUAAUGAAUGUACAGUACUUGGUGAUAAAAUCUGUUGUUAA